UUUACUAGAAGUUACAGGCAGGAGACAGACCGCCCCUCUCUCUUAUUUAAUUCCAAAGGUUCUUCUAGACUCGUCCUCUUGCAAAUACAGUCUCCUGUUUUUACUCGAUUCGCUUAAAUCUGACCAGGCUGAUGGCAUCAUGGAAAUACUUGGCUUUGGCUUUGCUGCUGUGUGAUCCCUCACCACAUUCAAAUGCAUCAUGUUUCUUCCGGCACAUGGAUCCAGGCAUAACACAUUGUCAGGACACUAUGGAUAAGACAUGGCAUGCUGUAGGAUCAAUGUGGCGAAACAGUUAUUGCUUGGAUUGUAGUUGCAGUGGAUGUUGCCAGGGGUAUGCGACCCCUGUAGGGUUCCCCCAUGAUUGUGUGUCAGUGUUUGACCCGGAGGCCUGUGAAUACAUAGUGCACAAGAGGGACGACCCAUCUGUGAUAUGUCGAACUAUGGGUGGAGUAGGGAAGUAAUGGAGUGGUCAGACUCCCCGCCCCAAAAAAUAAAAUCUACUUUAUGUUUUAACCUAACUGUAACUGAAACCUGACAAGCCUGAUUUUAUCACAGUGAUGAUUUAUUGUUGAUAACAGGGAUGAUGAUUUGAUUUUAUUCCGGUUUUUAUGAAUUUUUAGACAUGCAGUUAGAGUUCUGUAGCAAAAUAACAGACAUGUUUACUUACAUCAUACUGGUGUGUUUUAUAACCGAGACAUUGUCAUUAUUCAUGACAGCGUCUUGGUGAAAACUUUCUUUUGUUUUUCUUUUCAGAUAUCUAAAAAUUGAUUGAAAUGAAACAAAAAUAUAAUAAAAGGCUUUUCUUAAAAGA